ACCGGCUACGGCUCUGUCUAUGACCCGGUGCUGCAGCCAGCUACUGACAGCGGCUCGAACGAGCAUCGGGACGGUGGGUCCAAGGCGGGUCGCUUGCAGUGCCAGUACUGCUCGAAGCGGUUCGCUUUCCGCAGCCAAUUGGUGCCGCACCAGCGAAUUCACACGGGCGAAAAGCCUUUCAAGUGUCCCUACUGCGGAAAGUGCUUUGCCUGGAAGCACAGCAUGGGGCUGCACAUGCGGAUUCACACGGAGUCAAUGCGCUUGCCCAUGCGAGGAAUGGCCAUGCGUGCCUCCCUCGCACAGCCCUGGAGGUUCCCACCAGCGUUUUCUCAGGUGGUGACGCAGGCACAACAAGCCAACAUCUUGCAGCCCCACGUUGUUGAUGAACAGCCAUCUGGGACAUUGCGGCAAGAAGGCCAGAUGCUGCGCGGGCUGCUGGCGUCCGAAACAUCGUACCCUGAUCAGCAGCAGGCUCAAGGAGGAGCGGGCAGUCAGGAUGAGUUGACACCGACAUCAGAGUCCGAGCUGCCACAGCAACCCCUGCCAGCGGAGCCACAGCGGUCAGACGAGCUCCCGAAUGACCGGGCUGGGGGCAAGCCUCCGGUCGGGUGGUACCGGGUGCCCGGUGACGGUCGGCCCAUGUACGAGUGCCAUUUCUGCCAGCGCAAGUUCGGCUGGAAGAGCAACCUGAUGGACCACCUGCGCACGCAUACGGGAGAGAAGCCGUUCAAGUGCAGCAUGUGCCCCAUGGCGUUUGCACUCAGCUCCACCAUGGUCAAGCACCUGCGCACCCACACGGGAGAGAAACCAUUCAAGUGCUCGUUGUGCCCCAAGCGCUUCGCCCGACAGGACCACCGGGCACUGCACAUGAAGACGCAUAGGGCAGAGACCGGUGGCCAAGCGGGGACCAGCUCUUCAAGCAAGCCGGACAGUGACUAGGAAAGACAGUUUGGCCAGGUGAACUGUUAAUUUAAGUGUGGCGUUAUAUGUGACUGCCCCAUUUGUGUAUUCGCCUUCCGCAACUUCGGCGCUGCUCAUCAGAGGAGUCGUUUCUAUUGGAAACGAUCUGUGCAUGUCGUUUCAAGAUCAAGUUACCAGUGAAACUAGGAAGAGAGAAGCACUGGUGAAAGAGUCUGCGUCAAAACGCACGUUAGAGAAGCAGAACUUUUGAUAUUUUGCUGCGGAAAGCAGUGUAAGAGAGACGGUCUGUGCUUACCUGAGCUGUAAUAUAUUCUCGUGUCACGCAACGUCCUUUCCACAAUAUUAAAAGGUGGAAAAGCAGUGUGAAUAGUGGUCCACUCUCGAGUGCACCAUUAGCUUUUAAUGUGCCCAGCAGGAAUGUGUACUUGUAAUGAAUACCACUUGAUUACGUUUUUUAUUAAAGGGUCUCUAAACCACUGGUGACCUUCUUUAAACAUGUGCAUUGCAACACUAUAGAGUGUCUUCAAUGCUUAGUGAACAUGCAGCACUAAGUCAUGCCAUUCAAGUUAUGAGUUCAAGAAACAAUCCUGUGCUCCUUUCUUAGUUCGUUCUCACACUUCGUAAAGUCAGCGUGACCUUGCACAUGACUUCAGCAGGUUAAAACUGUGUUGAUCAUGUGAUGAGGAUGUGCAGUAGCUCCAGCAUUGUGAUAGCUGACUUUAUUCUGUGAAUUGGGGAGGGCUCACCCAUUGUACGCAACUACCGUAUAUUGCCACUUAUAAGUCGACUCCCCCAACUUGCAACCCCUUCUAGGGGAAAAAAAGUUGACUCCGAACACAGCCUCAUGCUGCGGCCAUAGCUUACCAAUAAGUUUUUCAGAAGAGGGAGUGAUGUAAAGAAACAUUUAUUUGCCCGUGAAACAUUGCUUACGACUCGUCGUCGCUUGAGAGAAGGACGCAGUGACGGUCAUUGCCAUCGUGUGAGCCACUGCUGCUGCUCGCCGUCAAAACGGGUGCCGGUGGUCGUGAACCCAAUCUCGAACCGCCUCCUCAAUGGCAGGGUAUCGUCCAUACUUCGGUCCGCGAAAGGAACGGCAGGUAGCAGCUCACGCAAAGACCUUGGUCUUUUGUUUUCUCCCACACACUUUUCCAACACAUCAAACUUGCACCCUGCUUCAACGUUGCUUUCCGACUCUGCGUAGAAGAUUGCUUGCCUCUUGAAAGCAGCGCUGUACUGUUGCCGGCGUAGCGGUGGCAUCUUGGCGUCUGUUUGGCAGCGUCGCAAAUCGCGCACACCACUUCUUGCAAGUGAAGCGAAAUGCAGAAAUGGUGAACAGGUGUGAGUGCAAAAAGACGCGAAGACGCUUGUGGGCACAUGUGACUGGUCAUGUGGUUUAGUUCCCCGCGAAGUGUUGCCAGCCCACACGGCGCUGCCAGCUUUUCUGUGAAACGCCAAUGGUUUGUCAACGAAUCGUUUCUAUUGUAUGAAAACAAAACUGCAGGGCGCAUCGCAAGGUAAAUUCCUCUUUAUUCAUAGAGCAUCCUUCGCCCUCUAUCAAAGGUUUGAAAUGGUGCUUUCGAGACCGUGUUUCCCAAGCAGUUCGCAUUGAUGCUGCGUGGCGGUGAUUUUUAAACGCGCUCCGUAGUUUCGCCUCGCGUGUUUUCGCUAUAGUUUCGCGAUCGUCAUGGCAGAUCACAAAAAUGUCCUGUUCCGGAAGCGGCGUGCGCACGUUGGGAGAGAGCUGUUGCCACAACUCUGCUGCUUCUGUGGCUGAUGUUAUCGAUGCGUCGAAUAGCAGGAAAUCCGAGGACGACGACCUUUCUUCGGACCCCACAGAUAAGUCGACUUUAUGAUUCCGCGUAUAGGUCAACUCCGAUUAUAGGUCGUCACCCGAACUUUGGAAGGUCAUUUUAUGAAAAAAAACGUCGACUUAUAAUUGGCAAUACAGUAGAACCUCGUUGAUACGUUUCCGAAAAAAACGCGGAAAAUAAACGUAUGAUCCGGGAAAACGUACGAUCCGAAUCCAGUAAAAAUUGAGGUCAGCCAGCUAGUUCCGAUCCUGACCGAAAAUAACGUCGUGGUCACGUGUAUUGAAAUCCCGAGACAACCCGAAUAUUGCAAAAUCGAACUCUGAGACAACUAGCGUAAACGUAAAGAAACGCUACCGCCAUGUCAGCAGACGAAACUUUGCGCCGCAUGAGCGUCGGUUCUUUCUGCAUUGUCGCUUGGAAAUAUGGGGCUAGGUUUGCCGAAGAGCAGAAGUGAUAUUCUCGAACAUACGCAUUUGGGAUACGAUCACGUACGUUCGAAAGAUCACGCGUGACUCGCCCCGUCCGUGAAGAAAACUGCCGCCCCGCUAAAGGCUUAACAAGCUCAACUCUUCGCAGUGCACGUAACAAUCGCGGUACAACACGAUAUGCGAUAUCUUGCGAGAGUGAUAAGCGUCCCCGAAAGCGAUAGCUGUUCGCGGCUAUCGCAUACUACGUCGCACACUCGCGCUGAUCAGUUUGCGUUCUGUCUUAACUUGAGACAUGCGCUGCUAUGUUUGCCGCCACUGGUAAUCGCACCAUCUCGCACGGCGAAACGGGCUUUAAAAGAUAACGCCCGGCGUAAUGGCAACCGAAGGUGAAGUCCCCAAGCGCCCGCACUGCGAUCUGUCGAGUCCUCACAAAGAUGGCGGCGAGCGCACAUCGUCUCGUUUUUGGCGUCUGAUAACCAGAAACCUCCUAGAUAUCUUCCAGAACAAAUCUUUUCUGUCAGCUUCUGACGACCCGCUGGUAGGCAGAACUGCCCAGCCAGAGAAAUACGAACGCCGACUGGAAUUGCGCCGGGCGGAGCAACCCAAAAACGAUUGCGCUCCGGGAGAAAAGUGUGCGGGAAAUUAUCGGCCAUAUUGGCUAGGCACAAUGGCGGCGUUGCUAUGGUUACGGGUCGCGGCGUGUUGUGCAGCGGUGGCGAUGCGGCAGCGGCAUGUGUGUUUCCGCGGCAAGCCGUUCGAAGAUUGUGACGGCCCGCGUCGCCGCGUGGGUGACAGAGAGCGGCGAUCGAGCAAUUCGGAAGAGACGCGGAGGGGACAAUUGAGCAAAUCAGAGAAAGCACGAAGGGGGGAAGGCACUGCGGAGAAGCUGCUGUCGCUGAGAGGGCCUUUUUUCGCACACCUGAAUGAGAGUUUGAGUAGAAAACGUACCAUACGACCCUAGUUUUCCGCGGUGCUGAACGUUGCUGCCGAAUAAUCGUAUUUUCCGGGAACGUAUUAACCGGAACAUAUUACACACAGCUGUAUUGGGUUAUUUUUAAUUUUCGCGAUUUCGAGCGUAGGAGCCGGGAAAUCGUAUCAAGCGGGAACGUAUCAACGAGGUUCUACUGUAUACGGUAACCCUUUUGUGAAGCUUCCACACAUCUGGUGUUGCGGAGUGGGAAAGCAUAAUAGAAACAAACAGUAGAGAAGUGUUUCUCCAGGUAGUGAUGGUGCGACCCAUAGCUCUUGCUGCACUGCACGAAAUUGGCAAGAGCACAUGGCAAGGAGGAUGGAGAGAAGCCAUGCCCAUCACGUAGUCAUUCAUAAAACCCCAUUCAUAAAACGUUGCAACUUUGAAAAUGACCUAUAAGAUUGUUGCAACUAUUGGUUUACUGUAGACUGGUACUUUUGUUAUGUGAGAAAUUUCUAAACUUAACAGUGGUUUUGGGGUCUUUUGAUACAUAUCCAUUUAACAUGUCAUACGAUCUGCUAUAAAUAAGAAAUGCUGAAGCUUUAUCAAACAUGGUGGUUUGAAGGUGUUUGCCUGUACAUAUGUCAGAACUGUGUUCUAAUUGGUGAAUGGAGCUCCGGAUAUUUAUAUCAGUUAUGCUGUCCAAGAAAGGAGCAUUUCGGAAGUGUUCAGCCUGUGUCAUCUUUUGUAAUCUUUUUUUUUUUUUUCUUAUAACCCAUUACGACCUCAUCUAGAUUUUGAGGUUAACAAAAUGUGUAUUCCCCUAGAAUUGUUCAAUAGACUUCCUCGCAUUAUUUAGCAUUAUAAGAUGUGUAUGGCCCUUGGAAACUCUCAAAGUAAUGCGAGUUCUGCAUUGGCUGGAGAACACAAGAGCUUUGGGCUUGUGAUGGUUGACUGGGGGGAGCUUCUAAUGCAGCAUGGGUGAUAACUAGCUCUAGUAUUCUUAUUCAUGGAAUGGUUUCAUUCUUAUUCUUAUGCUGAUUCUAUGCUGUAUCUUCAAGUGUAUGACCGGUACUUAGUCUGCAUCUCCGGUCACAAUUUCUUGA